CACUGUCUCAAUUCAAUUGAAAUUUGUCACACCCAUUUCACUUCACUCCAUUCCCUCUCAGUCUCAGAGUUCCAUCACCUAUGGCUUCUUCUUCCUUCAUCGAAUCUGGUUGGCAGUAUUUGAUCACGCAUUUCACCGAUUUUCAACUAGCGUGUUUGGGGAGUUUCUUUCUGCAUGAAACCGUGUUCUUCUUGUCUGGACUUCCUUUCCUAUGGCUUGAGAGAGUAGGGUGCUUCAGCAAGUUCAAGAUUCAGGGGAAAAGUAAUACUGCGGAAGCUCAGGAGAAAUGCAUUAUUCGCUUAAUGCUGUACCAUUUUGGUGUCAAUCUACCAGUUAUGAUUUUUUCAUACCCUGUGUUCAAAUACAUGGGUAUGAGCAGUAGUCUUCCAUUGCCAUCCUGGAAAGUAGUUUUAACCCAAAUAAUUUUCUACUUCAUCUUGGAGGAUUUUAUAUUCUACUGGGGACACAGGAUAUUGCACACAAAAUGGUUAUACCAACAUGUACACAGUGUUCACCAUGAGUAUGCUACACCGUUUGGACUUACUUCUGAAUAUGCUCAUCCUGCUGAGAUACUAUUCCUUGGAUUUGCUACCAUUGUUGGUCCUGCUAUCACUGGGCCCCACUUGGUAACUCUCUGGUUAUGGAUGGUUCUGAGAGUCUUGGAGACUGUCGAGGCACAUUGCGGUUACCAUUUUCCUUGGAGUCCUUCAAACUUCUUCCCAUUGUAUGGGGGGGCUGAUUUCCAUGACUAUCAUCACCGUUUGCUGUACACCAAGUCUGGAAACUACUCAUCAACUUUCACUUACAUGGACCGGAUAUUUGGAACUGAUAUAGGGUACAGAAAGUUGAAAGCAUUGAAGAGUGCAGCGGUUGAGGACAGUGGUGAGCAAAAGAAUCAAUGACAUAGCAUUUUUUUUGGAAAUUUCCAGAUAGACAGAAUUUUGAUAUCCAAUUUAAGGGCACAAGGAAAAUGUCUCGCCCUACCAUUGUUGCCUUACUGUUUUUGUUUAAUACAUCUUGUAGUAUACAGAGUGUGGUUCUUCAGACAAAUAUAGGAAUAAUGUUGCUUUCAUUGCUUCAAAUUGAAUGAACUUGUUUUGCUUUCA